UAAUUUGUUUACGGCGAUUAGGUAUUCAUUUAAAACAAUAAAAUGAGUGAACGAAGUAAUCAUAGUGAUGAAAUUUCUGAUACACAAGACGACAAAGAUGAAGAUUUUAAAAUUGAUGAUUAUCGUAAACAUGUAGAUAGUGAUGACUCCUUUGUUGGUAUACCUGAAGCUAAUAAUGACAAUGAUGAUAAUUUGGAAGACGAACAAGAAGAGGUAGAUGAAGAAGAGAUAGAUGAAGAACAAAAUAAUGAUUAUAUUGGACCAGUGCUUCCUGGAGGUCAUAGAUUUGACAAAAAGUUUAUUUGUAUUAAGUAUCCUGGAAAUGUUGUACAUCCAGAGAAAGCUAUGGAAACAUUGGGUGGUAUUGGUGCUAUUUCAACGGUAAUAAAUACUCCAAACCGUCGUUUGGAAUUAAAAUUUAGACCGAAUGAUAGUUACUGUAAGCCAACUUGUGGUGAUAAGUAUAACACUAAAGGAUUUUUACUUAGAGUCAGAGUGAAAAAGUCACGAGUGAAAAAAGCAGAAGAAAAUGAAGCCAAACGAACUGAGAAACAUGUGAAUUCAAGUGCUACAGAGAGUAAUGGUGUGCAAUGUAAUGUUAAUAUAGAACAUUCAUUGGACACAGAGAACAUUGAAACUCAGGAAGAUAAAUGUCAGGAAGAACAAGUCAUAUCCGAAUUAACUGAUCAAGUACAAAGUUGCAGUGUUAAUGCGCAAGACGAAACUGCUAAUCCCAAUCAAUCUAGUUUGACAAACGUUAAGACAAAUAUGCUUCCGACAUACGAACCGAAUAAAUACGAAGAUCUUUCCAAAGAUGAAGACUAUGAGUUGCCAAAAUUGAAAGUUCUAGGUCGGGUUGAUACCGAAUUCAGAUUCGCGAAUCUCUGUGAUUUCCAGUAUUUACCAAUGACCCAAUGCAAAGAUGAUCCUAAAAAGUUUGAAUGUAUAUAUGAUAAGAUUUAUCCAAGCACUAUACCAUCGUACUCUUGGUUAAAGAACGACGUGCCCUAUUUCUUGCCACCAGCUGCGUUUAGCAGAAUGGAUACAAUUCAGCAAUAUGUACCAAAAACAGAAGUGAAUUCGUAUCCAGAAAAUAUAAUAGGAAAGAGUACAAAGCGAAAGGCAGGAUUUUCAAAUUUCAUAUAUUUUUCGACACUGGAGGUUCCUGCUAAGCCUCCGGCAGGUAUAGAAACUGCUAUGAAAGUUAAAUUUGUUCAGAAUGUACACUAUCAGGAAAUAAAAAAACUGUUCGACGAACGACCGAUUUGGUCGAAAAAUGCAGUGAUGUAUCAGACUAAGUUUUCUCAGGAUCGCUUGAAAAUCUUAUUACCUUCUGUGGCAUAUUACUUUAUGACUGGUCCAUGGAAAAUCAUGUGGGUUAAGUUAGGGUACGAUCCCAGGAAAGACAUUUCUGCAAGAAAGUACCAAACUUUGGAUUACAGAUUGAAAGCUAUGCAUGGUUUGGGAUCUACUGUAAAAUGUAAGAGAAAUUAUGCGGAGUACACAUUACCGUAUAAGUCAACACCAGUUGGCAAGCAAAAGACGGUUCAAAGCGGAAUUCCGAACACAGAGCAAAGUAAUAAAAAGGAGCAACAAGUGAACGAAAAUGUUUAUAUUUAUAGGGAGGGAACAGUACCUCCUUCGAGGCAAAUGUUUUAUCAGUAUUGCGACGUUCUUGUGGAUGAAAUACAGGAGAUGUUGGCAAAGUUACCUGAUCCUUUGCCCACUAUAAGGUGUCACGAGAAAAGAGGCUGGUUACCAAGUGGUUUUGAUAUUCAAUGCAGAGAAAUAAUUAAUAGACAAGUUCGAGCUGUUUUAAGAAAGCAAAUGAACAUACCCGAUGAUUAUCCAACGGAAAUACCUAGAAAACGUAAGCGAGUAAUCAAAUUGACGCUUAAUAAACUCAAAAGUAGAAAGAAAAAGAAAGAGAGUGAUUCGGUUUCUAAUAUCGAGGGAACAGAAGAAAAACACGAUGAAAUUAAACCGAGUACUAGUAAAGCAGAAAAUUAG